AUGCUGGCGAUUGAGGCCGAUAAAUUCAACGAUCCUUGCAAGAUCACAGUAUUGCUCACAGUAGCCGGACAGGCCGCCACUGAUCUCUUCAAUACUUUCGAACUCUCUGACGGGGAUAAGGUCAAAUACGAUAAAGUCUGUGAAAGUUUUGAAAAGUACUGCUCACCAAAAAAGAAUGAAACGUAUGAACGCUAUAUAUUUCGCAGUAGGCUGCAAAAACAAGGCGAAACAUUUGACAGUUUUUACACAGACCUCCGCCUCAAGGCAAAAACAUGUGCAUUUGACGGGUUGCAUGAUUCAAUGCUAAGAGACCAAAUAGUGUUUGGGAUCAGUGAUGUAAAAACUCGUGAACGCUUGUUAAGAGAGCCGGAACUGUCCUUAGGUAAAGCCAUCAGUGUCUGCCACAGUGUGGAGGCCACUCGUAAACAUGCUAAAGUCCUUGAUGUUGGCACAGCCACAGGCAGCGCUGCAGAAGUAGGACUUGUGAAUAAAAGGACUGGUGCAAAGUCAAAAGGUGGUGGUGGUGGUCAAGGUGCAAAACGCAAAGCGUACAACAAGCAAUCAAGUGGCCGUCAUGGUACUGGUGGUGACUCUAGUCAUAAAUCGAAAUCUGUCCAGGAUGCCUGCACGCUUUGUGGAACGGUGCAUGCACAUGCAAAGGAACACUGCCCUGCUUAUGGCAAAACAUGUUCGAAAUGUGAAAAGCCAAAUCAUUUCGCUAAAUUCUGCAAAACGAAAGAGAACCCAACAAACAACGUCUCAACUGUUGACCAGCAGAACAUUUCAGAGGAUGACUUUGAUGACACUGGUAUUGAUGAACUAUUCAUUGGAUCAGUUGACAACCAAGCACACAGUGCUCAAAGUAAAAAUGACAAUGUCGAUUCUCAAGUCGAUAUUGUACAUGUAGGUCAAAGCAGUUCUGUUAACACAGUUGACAAUGAGUGGAUUGCGUCAAUAGUGGUAAAUGAAACAAUUGUGCCCAUGGUUCUAGAUACUGGUGCAAAGGCAAAUCUCAUUACUGAGUGUGAUUUCAAGUUAUUAAACUAG